GCGUGUGUAUGUCGUGUGCCAUAGCCAGUAUGGCCGCCCAAAGCGCGAAGUUGGUGGCACGCGGGUAGAGGUAUACACAACUGUCGCUCAAAGACGUUUAGUGGGAACGUGAUCGAUUUAAGCUACACAGUCUACUGUCAAGGUCGACAUGCCUGUGGUUUCUGAAUAUCGGAUAUACUGAUUGUGGAAUUGACAUGAGUGGUCUCCCACUGGCCACUGCUGCGAAACGACGGUAAAGGCAAAUAAAGUGUCAACACUGGAUCACACUUCACCCCAGAUAGGCUUGGCUACUCUUGGACGGGGCGUGCCACACGUAUCUGGCUUCGUGGUGUGAAGCACACAUGGUAACUCCACGUGUAUGGUUGAAGCCAUGGAGGUCUUAGUAGGAAGAUACGACCUGAUGACAGUCGGUCAAGAUGCACGAAAGGAAUUUGCCAACGAGCUGAAACAAAACUCCGACAAGUUCGAGGCGGUGGUGAACGAGGAGGAUGUGCUCGCGGCGUUCAGGUUGCUGAGGAAGGGGGUGUGUCGUCCGGACUUCCCCGGGGAGAGCACAGACCAGUGCUCCGUCGCAAAAGACAUCCUGGAGAAACUCAUGAACAUGUCCAAGGAUUUAAUGGAAAAAGGAAAGAUGUCAUCCUUGUCCCGCAUCCACGACUUCUGCUUCGACUUCCUCCACGACCUGAUCCAGCAGGGGCCGGGGACGACACACAUGCAGCUGUGGAUGAAGAUGCUUCGCGACAAAUACUUCGGUUUCAAGGAGUACUACCAAAACCUUACUGGGGACAAACUGAAGAAUCACAUCAGCUUCCUGAAGAGGGAAUACAGGAGUGAGGAGCCGGAGCCGGACAGAAGCAGGUUCAAGACAACACUCGACCCUGGGAUGAGGGUCCUUCUUGAUGGGGAUGCUUUGAGACCGGAGGCGUUCACUGAGGCCCGAUCGGAGUUUAUAGAACUCUAUCUUUACACUGAUCUGAUGUUUCUCAAUCGGCCGACUGAAGUGAAGGAUGUACACUAUCGAAUUGCAUUGCUGAUCUAUCGCCAUUACAAGAGGAACGUAUUUCUGGGUUUGGAGGACCCCGAGAUGUUUAAGCACUUCCUGAAGCGUCUUGGAGACAUCAUCUGUCAAACGCAUCUGGGGGCCGAUGACUGGGAGGCCGUCGUGAAGAAGCUGAGUGAAGAUGUGAGGAUGCUGCUCACAGCUGUCGACAAGGCUGUCCUGUUCCACAAGGUGUACGUGGAGAUCUUAGACUUCGUGGCUACUAUCUGUACAAUGUUGGCAGAGACACCUAUCCACUCCAUUGUGGAGGUCGUCGGGUACUUCUACUACCAUAUCAAGGACAAAGAAGACAACAUCAAGGGCAACUCUGAGCUGUUCACUGUGAUGACGAGGAAGAUGAUUGACUUUCUGACCAACCUGGAGGACCACACCCUGAUGAGGGUCAAGUUCGUGGAUGCCGCUGUGACGGAAGUGUUGGUCAAGUCCAUGGAUAAAACUCCAGAACAUGUUCAGUUAAUGAUUGACCUGGUGAAGGCGUGUCUAAAAAUCCACCAACCAGCAACAGCAAAUGCAGCCUACAAGAUCAUACGGGAAGCAGAGAAGAACUUGAAAUGGAAGGAACACGUGGAGGAUGCUUGUGAAAUUUUGGACCUCUUGACAAAAGUCGAACUGUACGGGGAUGAUAAACGGAAAACAGAAUUUGGCGGAUACUACAAAGAAUGUACUGCCUACCUUUCUAAACAGAUCACGCGGGAUCGUGUUGUUCCGAAAAUGGUUGAAAAAAUGGUUGAAUUUACCUUGAAAAUUUUGGAGAAGCGGGAGCCAAACUUAUUCGAGACAGCAAAAAUAAUAGCGGACGAGGUGGAACUCAGUGGAAAGAAACACAAAGACCUGAUAGUGCCGACUUUUACACGUUUAAUCCUGAUCAUCGGCGACGCCAAGUUUCCCUGGAAGAGAUAUGCCGACAGAGCUGUGCCCCGCCUAGCACAGCGUGUGCUGGAUGCCUUAGAUUCCAAGAGCUUAGACGAGAAGACGUUCAACGUUAUCCUCGAGUUCUCACAGAUAGUGCUGAAAGGAGACUUCAUAGACGAGGAGCUGAACCGUCCACUCACAGUCUACUACAUCCUGUACUGCAGCGUUGUCACCACGUUUCUCAAGCUUCUUGAUGACCAGGAGAAGAUACAGAGAGCUAUCCCAGUGGUGAGAGAAGUCAUCAACAUGUUGACUCAUGAGUAUGAAGAGGUUUCACGGAUCGCCAUGGGUCAAGUCACACUCCUGGUUUCAAAUGGGUCGAAACUUAUGGCCGAGUUCUUCCCCCAGAUUAUGGACGUCUACCUGGACACAGAGAACUCCUCAUUAUUGUAUCCUCUGAGUACACUUUAUCCACACAAUCCGAAACCUCUGGAGCCACAUUUUCAAACUAUCUUCGAGCUGAUAGACUCGUCACAACGAAAUGCGAUUUUAUCCUGGCUGAGCGAGAUUGCCAAGAAACAGUCAUAUUUGUUCACUGGCGAGAACAUUGUAAAACUGAUUGAGGAGAUGUUCCAAGGAGACGAUAAGUUCCAGUCUCAAUAUCUGAUGGUCAUGGACCCACUCUCCAAGAAGAUGCCAAGCAAAUUCAUACCCCACCUGAAAACACUCAUGGACGGCGACAUCAACACACAGUGUGGUGCCAUGUACUACCUGUUGCAGGUGCUGAAGAACGUGGCAAUUAGGGGCGAAGACGAGACCCAAGCUGAGAUGGUGAUGGCAUUCUUGGAGAAGCAGAUUCGAGGGCCUGAAGAUCAAUUUACCACACCCAGCUGUCUUAAUGAGAUGCGUGUAAUUGGUGGACUGUAUCGGCAUAUCCUGGAGAGCCGUAAGCCAGCCCUAGAAGACCUGAGACAGAGAUCUACUGUCCAGACAACAAAGGAUCAGUGUACCUUUAUCUUGGAUGUCCUGGAAGGCAGAAGUUUGGAGUCUUUGGCGGAAGAGAUCAAAGAUGUGAAGGAAGAUGUUGAGGAACUUGACACUCGAGUGACACACACUGAAGUGGGCGUGGUGUUGGUCAGCCAGCAGGUCGGUCAACAGAAGGAGGAACUGGAAGAAGUCAAACACAAUAUGGAGGAUCAUGUAGAGAAGAUUGGCCAACUGGAAGAGACAGUGGAUGACACUAAGGCUAAAGUGGAAGAAAUAGAUGGCAAAACACUGAGCCAUGCUCCCUUCUGGGCAAGAGACAUGGCCAAAUUACUCAACCCUGAAGACGCUCUGGACUGGAGGCUUCUUUCCAGUCGACUUGGCUACACCAAUGAUGACAUCAGGAGCUGGGCUCAGAUGCACGACCCAUGUAUGGCCAUGCUGAAUGAAUGGUACGCCACUCGGAAGACGAGGGAAGCCACAUAUGCUGUGCUGACAGCACUGCAAGAGAUGGACAGAAUGGAUGCUGCUGUCAUAGUUGAGAAUGCAAUGAAGAUGUCGGAAACUGUUGCCGAAGACGAAGAGUUUGAGUACCCAGAGCCUCCAGAGGUGUUCCUCAGCUACCAGUGGGGAAUCCAGAACGAGGUGAAGCUUCUGAAGCAGCACCUGGAGAAGGCGGGCUUCACGUGCUGGAUGGACAUUGGUCAGAUGGGAGGCGGAGACAAGCUGUUCGAGAAGAUUGACAAGGGAAUCAGAGCAGCCAAGAUCAUCAUCUGUUGUGUCACUGAGAAAUAUGCCAAGUCUCCAAACUGCAACAGAGAGGUGAACCUCUCAGUAAGCCUUGGUAAGCCCAUCAUUCCUCUGUUGAUGGAGAAACUAUCAUGGCCUCCACCAGGCUCAAUGGGGCCAAUCUUCAGUGAGUAUCUGUUCAUCCGAUUCUUCACCCGGCCUGGGGAGGAAACGGGUGACGUCAGAUACUGGUCCUCAGCCAAGUUCCAGGAACUCCUGAUGCAGGUCAACUACAACAACGUCAAGCCGGAGGAACAGAAGGUGGACGAAGAAUACAAGAACUGGUGGUGCCCUGUGACUGAAGUCAUCAAGAUAGAGAAGAAGGACGUGAAGGCGAUGACGGCCGCCAGUCAGCAGAAGCAGGAGGAGGUGGAGUCUGGAGCAGCCUCUCCUGAUGUGUUCAUCUCCUACCAGUGGGGAAAACAGAAACAGAUUCAACUCAUGUACAAGCGCCUGACUGAGAUGGGCUUCACCGUCUGGAUGGACAUCUACCAAAUGGGAGGUGGGGACUCCCUCUAUGACAAAAUUGACAAGGGUGUGCGGGGGGCAAAGAUCGUGCUCACGUGUGUCACCUCAAAGUAUUCUCUGUCAGCCAACUGCAGGAGGGAAGUCAGUCUCGCUGAUGCCCUCAAGAAACCAAUAGUGCCUCUGUUGCUGGAGAAGAUGACAUGGCCACCAUCUGGUCCGAUGAGCAUGGUGUUCACUCAGCUUCUGUACAUCAACUUUGCCAAGGAUGAGGCUGUUCAGGAAAGAUGGGAUGGAGAUACAUUUGAGGAACUGUUGACAAAACUAGAUUACCAUGUCCCUGGUAUUAUUAUUCUAGGCAAUGGGGGUAAACAAGCUGAAGUCAAAGCUUCUCCGGAAACAGAGCCGUCCACUACAGCAAAAAAUGAUAAACAAUUACAACCUAACCUAAAAGAUAUGACAUCAAGUGAACCGAACAUCGAACCCCCUGAACAGGUUUCCUCGCAACAACAUCCUCAACAACAGCAACAGCGUUCCCCUACUCUGCACCAGCCAUCACCACCUCUACAAGAACCACAGCACCAGCAACAGCCACAAAUUGACAAACCUCCACACAGACAACCGGUAUCACCUCAAGGAAAAUCAGAGACAAAACAAUCGAGGUCAUGCACAAUGUUAUAACCAUCUGUGUUGUCGUCUACUGCUGCAUCAAUCCAAGUCAGCACAAUAUUAUAACUGGCUGUGUUGACGUCAUACUGCUGCAACAAUCCACAUCAGCACAAUAUUAUAACUGGCUGUGUUGACGUCAUACUGCUGCAACAUUCCAAGUCAGCACACUAUUAUAACUGGCUGUGUUGACGUCAUACUGUUGCAACAUUCCAAGUCAGCACAAUGUUAUAACCAUCUGUGUUGACGUCUACUGCUGCAACAAUCCACAUCAGCACAAUGUUAUAACUGGCUGUGUUGACAUCUACUGCUGCAACAAUCCAUAUCAGCACAAUAUAAUAACUGGCUGUGUUGACGUCAUACUGCUGCAACAAUCCACAUCAGCACAAUGUUAUAACCAUUUGUGUUCACGUCUACUGCUGCAACAAUCCACAUCAGCACAAUGUUAUAACCAUCUGUGUUCACGUCUACUGCUGCAACAAUCCACAUCAGCACAAUGUUAUAACCAUCUGUGUUCACGUCUACUGCUGCAACAAUCCACAUCAGCACAAUGUUAUAACCAUCUGUGUUGACAUCUACUGCUGCAACAAUCCACAUCAGCACAAUGUUAUAACUGGCUGUGUUGACAUCUACUGCUGCAACAAUCCAUAUCAGCACAAUAUAAUAACUGGCUGUGUUGACGUCAUACUGCUGCAACAAUCCACAUCAGCACAAUGUUAUAACCAUCUGUGUUCACGUCUACUGCUGCAACAAUCCACAUCAGCACAAUGUUAUAACCAUCUGUGUUCACGUCUACUGCUGCAACAAUCCACAUCAGCACAAUGUUAUAACCAUCUGUGUUCACGUCUACUGCUGCAACAAUCCAUAUCAGCACAAUGUUAUAACCAUCUGUGUUCACGUCUACUGCUGCAACAUGCCUGUGAUACAAAACUGUUGUUGUUUGUGGCUGCUUAUUCAUCGGUUUGUUUGAGUGAGUUAUUUCCUAUUCAAUGACAAGAAGCACUGCACCACAUGUGUUCUAAUGCUAGAUGAUGUUGACUUUUGUCUCGAGAAAAUGCAGUAAUGUUGAUUACAUUUUGUUGACAAACCGGAUGACGAACUGUGAUAUAAAAUUAGGUGCCUGACUUUGAUGUCAGAUGACGUUUGUCUUGGUGUUUAGAGAAGUUGUUCAAUGACAUGCUAGAGUGCAAGUGGUAUUCAUUCUGCUCAUGUUACCAAUGUUAACGUUGACAUUCUGUUUCAUAAUUAAAAUUACGUUAUAGAUUGAUUAUA